AAAAACCCCAAAACCCUCUUGAAUUCCUCUAACAACAUACAAAUCUCCCUUCUCCACUCUCCAAUUUGAAUCAAAACCAACCGGAUAUGACCAAAACUAGCUGUGUUCUUGCUUGGACAUCGCCGACGUGAUGAUCAUCAACCAUUGUGGCGCUGCCAUGGCCGCCAAGCCUGCAUGGCUUCAGGCCCUCAUGGCCGAGACCUUCUUUGGCACUUGUUUGCUUCAUGAAAACCGCCGGAAGUCCGAGAAGAAUGUGUUUUGUUUGCAUUGUUGUCUUAGUAUUUGUCCUCACUGCCUCUCUUCUCACCGUGCUCAUCCUCUUCUUCAGGUUAGACGAUACGUUUACCACGACGUAAUUCGAUUGGGCGAUCUCGAAAAGCUCAUAGACUGUUCCCAUAUUCAGCCCUACACCAUAAACGGAGCCAAAGUUAUAUUCUUGAAUUACAGGCCACAAUCAAGGCCAUGCAAACAAGGCUCAUCAAACGCUUGCUUCACCUGCGACAGAAUUCUCCAAGAACCCUUCCAUUUUUGCUCUCUUUCUUGCAAAGUGGAUCACAUGGUGUUCCAAGGCCAAGAUUUAUGCGAGAUUCUCCACAGGUUCGACGAGUCCGAUUUCUCUUACUCCCAAUUCGAAUCCCUUCGAAUGGACGGACUAGAGGGUAUCGACGACGACGCCGCCGCUGCCGCCGCCGGCGGCUGCGGCGGCACACCGAAUUCCAUGGUGGAAGAACCACCGCAGUUCAACAAAGCCUCGUCUUGCUCGGAGGGUACUCAUAUCUUUAAAAGAAAGAACAAAGGCACUGAUUUUCUUCCCGCCGGCAUCGUUUUGUCGCUCAGUAGUAGAAGGAAGGGCGCCCCUCAAAGGGCGCCGCUUUCUUGAGGGCGGAAUUUGGUGUUUUUAUUAAUGAACAAUUUUUGAAAAUGAAAUGAAUAAUUUGUUGUCGGCGGCGUUUGGGUUUUCCGGUAAGGGUUUGGCAAGUGAAUUACACGGCGGUGGGCGGUGGGUGGUGGUGA